AUGAUGCAAUAUGGGUUUUUGAUGAUUUCAGAAAGCAGAGGUCAUCAGCUACAAAGCCAGUACACAAGCAAUAGUGAGGACUCUCAAUCAGGCAUAUCUGCAGGUAGCAUGGACCUCCAUUGUCCAGUAUGUUUACAUGUAGCCAUUUUUCCUGUGAAGACAAACUGUGGGCAUCUGUUCUGUGCUCCUUGUCUUAUAUCGUACUGGAAACACAGCUGUUGUUUAGAGGCUAUCAGCUGUCCUUUGUGCAGACAAAAGGUGAAUGUUAUGUAUCAUCUGUUCCAUGAGAGCAGGUCAGACAGGAAGGAGAGAGAGAUACUGGGUCACAUUGGAGACUACAAUAAACGCUAUUCCGGAGCACCACGAAAAAUAAGCGACUACCUCUUUGAUGCUCCUUUCUUCUUGCUGCUUUUGUUCCGGGCUUUGGGAAACAUGGGUGGUUUGGUGUGGCUCUUCCUGCUACGAGUGGCACUGUGUGGAUUCGGGGCGGCUGCUUCCUUUGUGUCCCCAUUAGAUGCUAUGCCUGGACACUUCAGCAGGGCAUUGGGGCUUUUAGAUGACCUAGUGGUAGUCUUCCUCCUCCUCAUCGCCAUCAUUAACAUCCACCAACAGAUGGUACCAGAGAGGACAACCAGACCAUACACAGUGGAACAUGGUAUACUAUCUGACAUGUUGUAA